ACUUGUGGCAUCUUUUUAUACCAGCACUAGCAAACUAAGACACUCAGUAUGACUGCAUUUUUAAAAAUUAUUUAUUGGAGGUGGACUAAGAAUUCUGAUAUAUAAUCACCUUUUGGUUUUCAGAUGGGUGCUUCUCUUUAUGCUUCGAAUGUUGGCAGCUGCAAUCUUUUGGGCCUGGCUGGGGUAGGAGCAUCUUCAGGGGUUGCUGUUGGGGCCUUCGAGUGGAAUACUGUGUUUCUGCUCUGGGUUCUUGGUUGGAUAUUUGUUCCCAUUUACAUUAAGGCUGAGGUAGUAACAAUGCCAGAAUAUUUGCGGAAAAGGUUUGGUGGCUACCGGAUCCAGCUCUUCCUCUCUCUUCUAACUUUAUUCCUCUAUAUUUUCAGCAGGAUCUCGGUGGAUAUCUUCUCUGGUGCUAUGUUCAUGAGACUCGUUGUGGGGUUGGAUAUUUACAUGAUCGCCUUUAUCUUGUUGACAGUUUCUGGCAUGUAUACCAUCACAGGUGGUUUUGCAGCUGUGGUUUAUACCGAUACCUUACAAACUGUUGUUAUGCUUUUGGGAUCCAUCGUGUUAAUGGUCUUUGCCUUUAAGGAAGUGGGAGGAUACCGGGGGCUACAGAAGAACUACUUGCACGCCAUCCCAAGUAUUGUCAGUGAAGGAAACUGGACUGCCAAGCCAGAAUGUUACACUCCUCGCCCGGAUUCUUUCCAUAUCUUCCGUGAUCCCAUCAGUGGAGACCUCCCCUGGCCUGGAAUUGUCUUUGGUCUCUCCAUCAUUUCUUUGUACUCCUGGUGCACCAAUCAGGUGAUCGUCCAGCGGUGCCUGGCAGGAAGGAGUGGGGCUCAUGUGAAGGCUGCCUGCAUUCUGUGCGGGUACCUGAAGCUGCUGCCCAUGUUCAGCAUGGUCAUGCCAGGGAUGAUCAGCCGUAUCUUGUUCCCGGAUAAAGUGGCUUGUGUUGUGCCUUCAGAAUGUCUGAAGCACUGUGGCACCAGAACUGGUUGCAGCCACAUCGCCUACCCAGUCCUGGUGGAGGAGCUGAUACCCAUCGGCUUACGUGGCUUGAUGGUGUCCUCACUGUGGGCCUCUCUUAUGUCCUCCCUGACUUCUAUUUUCAACAGUGCCAGCACCCUCUUCACACUGGACAUCUACGCCCAGAUACGGCCUGUGGCCACAGAGAAGGAACUCAUGGUCACAGGAAGGUUUUUCAUUAUUUUAUUACUUGCGGUUAGCAUUGCAUGGGUCCCUGUUGGGCUAACAUCACAGAGUGGACAACUUUUUGAAUAUAUGCAGGCAGUGACGAUUUACCUGGCGCCACCCAUUGCUGCUGUCUUCCUGCUUGCAAUAUUUUGCAAGAGAGUCAAUGAACAGGGUGCCUUCUGGGGGCUGGCUGGCGGACUCCUGAUCGGUGUCUCUCGAAUGGUGACUGAGUUUGUGUACGGCCCCCAGAGCUGCGAGAAGAGCAGCAGGUGCCCAGCCCUCAUCUGCAGCGUGCACUUCCUCUACUUCACCAUCAUCCUCUUCGCGCUCAGUCUGCUCAUCAUCCUGGGGGUCUCCUUAGCCACAGACCCCAUUCCCGACAAACACCUCCACCGGCUCUGCUGGAGUUUACGCAACAGCCAAGAGGAAAGGGUGGAUCUGGAUGUGGAAAAGCAAGGGAAGAGAGUUCCCAAACCAAAGGCACAGCCAGGUGAGGAGGAGGAUCCAGAGCCCUGGGUGGGAGGGGUUGCUUCCUGUCUGGUAUAUUCACAGGCCCAGAACCCAGAAACGGCCCUUCCAGGCAAUACCCUGGCUUCCAUUUCCCCAGCGCCUUCCGGGGGCGUUUAGGGCAUAUGAGUUUACA